GGUGUCAUUUGAGGACGUGGCUGUGGACUUCACAUGGCAGGAGUGGCAGGAGCUGGAUGCUGCUCAGAGGACCCUCUACAGGGAUGUGAUGCUGGAGAACUACAGUAGCCUGGUGUCCUUGGGGCACUGUGUGACUAAACCUGAGUUGAUCUUCAGGUUGGAACAUGGAUUUGGGCCAUGGAGCAUAGGAGAGACCUCCCUCUGGAAUCUCCCAGGUGUUCUUGAAGUGCCUGCUCCAGUUAAGAGUUGCCUGGAAAAUGCAGAGAGUCCUGUGUGGCCGAUAGGAAGCAUCAGCAGGAAUCUGUCAAACAGAGAGAUGCUUGAAGCAGAAAUGAAGGUUCAACUGGAACUCCACCAAGGUAUAAAAGUCUAUGAAUGUAAACCGUGUAUGAAAACGAUUGACCUGACAUCGCAGCCCAGCAAGCAGCAGGAAUAUUACUCAGGUGUGAAACCCUAUGAAUGGAAGGAGUGCCAGAAAGCUUUCUAUUAUAAGUCAGCACUCACUGAACAUCAGAGAACUCGUACAAGGUUGAAGAUCUAUCAGUGUACAGAAUGCAGGAAAGCUUUCCCCUCCAAAUCAGAACUUGCCGUACAUCAUAGAAUUCAUACUGGUGAGAAGCCCCAUGAAUGUGAAGAAUGCGGGAAAGCUUUCUAUCGCAAGUCAACCCUUACUGUACAUCAGAAAACUCACAGAGGUGAGAAACCUUAUGAAUGCAAGGAAUGCUGGAAAGCUUUCUAUUAUAAGUCAACCCUCACCGAACAUCAGCGAAUUCAUACAGGUGAGAAACCAUAUGUCUGUAAAGACUGUGGCAAAGCUUUCUUCUACAAGUCUAACUUGACUCGCCAUCAUAGAACCCAUACAGGUGAGAAGCCUUAUGAAUGUGAAGAAUGCAGGAAGGGUUUCUCCUCCAAGUCAGAACUCACAUCACAUCGUAGAACUCAUACCGGUGAGAAGCCGUAUCAGUGUGAAGAAUGUGGUAAAGCUUUUUACUGCAAGUCCACCCUCCGUGUACAUCAAAAAAUUCAUACAGGUGAAAAACCUUAUGAGUGUAAGGAAUGUCAGAAAGCUUUCUAUUAUAAGUCAACCCUCACCGAACAUCAGAGAACUCACACCGGUGAGAAGCCCUAUGAAUGUAAAGACUGUGGCAAGGCUUUCUUCUACAAGUCCCAGUUAACUCGCCAUCAUAGGAUUCAUACAGGUGAGAAGCCUUAUGAAUGUGAAGAGUGCAGGAAAGCUUUCUCCUCCAAGUCAGAGCUCACUGCUCAUCACAGGACUCAUACUGGUGAGAAGCCCUAUGAAUGUAAAGAAUGCGGCAAAUGUUUCUGUCGCAAGUCACACUUAACUCUACAUCAGAGAAUCCAUACAGGCGAGAAGCCCUAUGAAUGUAAAGAUUGCAGAAAAGCCUUUUUCUGCAAGUCAGGACUUGCCCGACAUCUGGGGACUCAUACGCACGACACUAAUACAAAGAAUAGAGAAAAGCAUUUUCCUGCAACUCACAGCUCAGCCAACAUCCGAAAUGUCACACAAGUGAGAAGUCCUGUGAGUAUAAAGAAUGAAGAAAAACUCGCUACUGUACCUCAGUCCUCACUCCAUACCAUGGACUUCUUACAGUUGAGAAGUUCUAUAGAUGUACACAGUGCGGGAAAACUUACCUUUGUAACUCAUGCCUCAUUCAAUUUGAACGAACUCAGAUGAGGCACACUAAUAAUUUAGAGAAGGCAAGAAAACUUUCAGUCAGCCAGGAUCACUUGACAUCAGAGAAUGCAUGUAGAAUGAUGACAGCAAAGACUCUGAAAAGUGCCACAAGGGAGACCUUUCUCAACAUCAGAAAACCCAUACUGCUCUGAGACAUUGUGUCUGGAAGGAAACUAUCUCAGUGUAAGCAUCUCAUACAUGUGAAGAAGCUUAUGAAUUUAAAGAUCAGAAGUUCUGAAUGAUGUCAUAUCUCAGUUGAUGUGAGUGUACAUGCCAUGAAGAAUCCUGAGAAUGUUUAAAAAUCCAACAUUUUAUAGUGUUGUACCAACCUUGAAAAACAAAUGUUGAAGGGACCUUGUUAAAGAACAUAGGAAAACUGGUAAGUCAGAUCACAUUCUGCAUCAGGAAAGUCAUAUAGGUGAGAGACUAUGUACAAUAACAUAUUUAUCAUUUGUAGUAGUACUUGUUUAUGUCCUAUGUUCAUUGAAACAUAGCUAUUCAAGACUAGAAAUAUCACAGCUUCUUCAGCUCUGGUGGGCCUAGAGUAUUAUAAUAGCAUGUAUUGAAAUGUGAUGUAGUUCAGAAGUGGUGUUGAAGUAUGUUGGAUGUGCCUGUGACCACUACCUGGUAGGAGGCAGUAUUUUGCAGGACUGUUAAAAUCACUGAUGCUGUAUGUUUUUAUUCUCACCAGGCAAGAGAAAAGAUGGUGGAUCUUCUGAUAGUUAUUUUAAUCUGACAGUCAACAACAUAGAAGUCAAGAAAUUAACAGUAUUUAUAUCCUGAUCCUCAAAGAAAUGAUGGUUAUGAGUGGUGACAGUCACAUCAAGUUAGGAGCACAGAGAGCACACUUCGCAGGUACACAAAGGAAUCUAGACCCAUGCCUAAGAUGAUAAAGUGAUUGUUAGAGCCAGGAUCAAAUAUUUUAUCUCAGCUCAAUGGUGGUUUGUAUUAGCUCUGCACCAUGUUACUUGGGCCAGAUCCACACACAGUCUGAGGUCAAGGAACAGUGCUCUUUGUGGCUGAAGGGAGAAGAGUCUUCACUACCAUUUUCCAACUCUGGCAGAAGGGAAUCUAAAUAAUAGUGUCCUGAGUGACUGUCCUCUGAGCCAUGCAACUGCCAUCUUGGGGACUUCAGCUGUGCCCCCUUGCAAAAGCUCAUCCCAGCUGGAUUUAUUGAUGAUUAUAUCCUCUCCCACCCCAUAUCCAGCUGCUCCCUACCAACUGGCUACUCUGCAGACUACCUAGAGGAAAGAUUUAGAUGGAGAAAAAGAGGGAGGGAGGGAAUACUAGGGAAGGGGCCAUGUCCUCAAUCUAAUCUGUUUUGGAAAAACACAAUUCCUUUUGAGUAAAUCUUUCCAGAUGCGACCCAUUGGGGAUGAAGUACCCACACCCUUGUAAGUAACCCUCACCACCCAUGCUCUCUCUGUAAGGAAGGCAAAUAAACUCAAUGGUUUAUUUGUGAACUUUGUUCCAAUCAAGCUUCUGUUUGCCACUAGGACCCUUGGAGAAGGGGUAGACACUGCUUAUGUCUCUCCUGGGUAGGAAUUUAUAGCAGUACAGGUCACCAUUAGAUGAAGCCACAGCCAAGAUGAGGCAGUGGCAGCACAAAGCUACUGUUCCUAUUGUAGGCUGGAUCUCCAGGAAGUCAGGUGAUCCAGUUUAUCUGUUAUUUUCUCUAAAUCAAGCCUUUCUCACCUUCCUCCAUGUUACUUUGUGAUACUCCAUUAGAGCGAGUAGAUACCACAAGACACUCCUAUGCUAAGAAACUUCUAUGCUCAGGUUGAAUUGGAGUAGUAAGAGGUACUGAUUUGAAAAGUUAACAUGAGAUAUGUUAAAAUAUUAUUGUUAACCUUAAUGUCUUCCAAGAAUUUUAUCUACCUUGAGUCUCUGGAGUGAGAAAUAAGGGAGUGCAGGUAAGGAUUCCAGUAACUCCAAGUGGUGUAUCAGCGUAUCCAACGAACAAAUUAAUGAGUUUUAAUCAGUUUCUGGGCCUUGAGUGGGUACCCAAGCAUGUGUAUUCAUCAUUACUGCUACUGUGGUGGCACAGUGUCAUCCCUUACCAUGCCACCUUUCUCACUGACCUGGUGAUUCUGUAUUUUUGAGUAAUUAUGUGGAUGUGAGUGAUCCUGGAGUCAGGGCUUUGGGUCAAGGAGUCUGGCUGAGGCUUAGGAAGAAGCCUCAAUCUCAGCUAUAGAAAAGCUCCACUCAGAAAUGUCAGACUUGAGAUUAUGCUCUGGGGUAUAUUGUCUGCUUUAGCAGAGUGAUGUUGUCUUGACAAGAUUCAAACUACCCAACUGUUAAAGUGCCAGAGUACACAGAAGUAUGGUAUUUUCACUGACGUGGAGUUAGUUUCUAGUGUGGAUAGAUAAGUGUCCCUCUUAAAUCUAGGAAAAAAAUAGUUGUUAGUACUCAUUUUCUAUGUGAGAUCACAUUUUCCCAGCCUAUGUUCAGAGGUUUGGAUUUAUGAUCAGUUCCCAUGGUUUCUACUAGAGCCAAGCUUGGCAUAUAUCCACGCCAUUUCCACACACAGCUGAGUAUACAAGGUGCUGGGAAUAGUUCAAAUGGUGAGGGUAUGGUAGCAGUGAUGUGGGGAGAUUUGGAUAGACCUUGGAUGUGUGUCUCACUCCCAUCUAACAUUGGUUUCAUAGCUACCAUUGGUGCUGGUUACAGGACCACCAUCACUUCACCACCACAGUUUAAGUUCUUAGACUCCAAAUUUAUUGACUAAAUAUAAUUCUUAUACUUAACUAUCAGUAUGUUGGGAGACUCACAGUGCAUAGAUUUUAAUAAAUGAGCAUGUAUAUAUGUGUGAUAUACUCAUUGAAGAAGUGAUGGGAAGCAGGCUUUUGACUGUAUCCUCCAAAAUCAGACUGCACAAACUACUCCAGUUGCCAAAUACUUUAAUUGCAGGGAUAUGAGUUUGCAAUUGUGAAGGUACUCUUGGAAAGAAGUACUUUGUAGAUAAGUGGGAUGGAUUCCUACAGUGUACUUGAACAAUUGGUAAAUAAAAGGAAAAUGCUCUAGUAAAUAUCGUCUGCCAGUGUAUAACUGGAAUCAUCAUUGUGAAUCUAUAGUCAUUCUACAUUUUAAUCAUGUUGUGCCUGUUUUUCUCUGAGGGUUUAAACGCUGUCAGCUAAUAUUGCUAUAUUCUCUUGUGUUACAAUCAUGCACAUGGACACUAAUUUCUGUAUUGUGUCAUUUGUAAGAUUGUUAAAUAUAUUUAUAAGCUAAUUUUCCUAAA